CGCUGCCGACGUGGGCUGCAGGCCGCAGGCGGUUGCGGGGCGAGCGAACGGAGCGGGCGGCGGGCAUGGGCGGCCUGCGGCUGCUGGCCGUAGCCCUCACGUGCAGCUGCUGGUGGCCGCAGGGCGGCCAGGGCAAGACCCUGCGUGGCAGCUUCAGCAGCGCCGCGGCCCGCGACGCCCAGGGCCAGAGCAUCGGCCAUUUCGAGUUCCACGGUGACCAUGCUCUUCUGUGUGUCAGAAUCAACAACGUAGCAGUGGCUGUUGGAAAAGAAGCUAAACUCUACCUGUUCCAAGCCCAAGAAUGGCUGAAGCUGCUGGAGAGCAGCCCUGGCUACAGCUGCAGUGAGCGGCUAGCCCGAGCUCAGCUGACAGUGACAGUGACCCAGACGGAGCACAACCUCACAGUGUCGCAGCUGCCCGCUCCCCAGACAUGGCGAGUGUUUUAUGCUGACAAGUUCACCUGCAGGGAUGACUCAGAGAGUCCCCAGGGGGAGGAGAUCCCCUUUGAGAUGGUGCUCCUCAACCCGGACGCCGAGGGAAACCCGCUGGAUCAUUUUAGCGCCAGAGAGUCCGGGCUCCACGAGUUCUUUUUCCUCCUCGUCCUAGUAUACUUUGUGACUGCGUGCAUCUAUGCGCAGUCUCUGUGGCAGGCUAUGAAGAAGGGAGGACCCAUGCACACCAUCUUAAAGGUCCUCACCACUGCACUGCUGCUUCAAGCCGCUUCAGCCUUAGCUAAUUACAUCCACUUCUCCAGGUACUCCAGAGAUGGGCUAGGAGUGCCUCUCAUAGGAAGCCUGGCAGAAGUUUUUGACAUUGCCUCCCAAAUUCAGAUGCUGUACCUGCUUCUGAGCCUGUGUAUGGGCUGGACAAUAGUGCGGAUGAAGAAGUCGCAGAGCAGACCGCUCCAGUGGGACUCAACACCCGCGUCCACGGGCAUCGCAGUCUUCAUCGUCAUCACACAGAGCAUUUUGCUACUCUGGGAGCAGUUUGAAGACACCAGUCACCACAGCGCACAUUCACACCGCAGCUUAGCCGGGCUCUUGCUGAUCGUCUUACGAAUCUGCCUGGCGCUGUCGCUGGGCUGCGGACUCUACCAGGUCAUCACAGUGGAGAGGAGCGCGCUCAAGAGAGAGUUCUACAUCACGUUUGCCAAGGGCUGCAUCCUGUGGUUCUUGUGCCAGCCAGCGCUCGCAUGCAUUGCUGUUGCUUUUAAUGACUACCAAAGAGAUAAGGUUAUCACAGUAGGUGUCAUCCUGUGCCAGGCCGUGGCCAUGGUCAUUCUGUACAGACUUUUCCUGUCCCACAGUCUUUACUGGGAGGUCUCCUCGCUCUCCUCAGUAACGCUACCACUGACCAUCUCGUCUGCCCACAGAGGGCGCCCUCAUUUCUGAUGCUUGAGUUUUGUGGAGAGAACCAGUGAACGGAGAAGUGCAAUAGGAUCCAACGCAGCGCAGCACCGUCUUGCUGUGCUGUGCCUUUGCGUGACAGCUGAGCAGCGGAAGCAGGGCGUCUUAUUUUUAGAACUGAACGUCAGCGGGCUCAGCAGAAAGGAAUAGAAGCUCCGGAGUGGACUCAAACAGUGAACUUCCCAGAAAGAAUGUUGUUUCAAGGUUACUGAAACAGUUUCCACGUGGAAAUAAAUGUGGAAAAGACUGCUUAGAGUACCUGUGGGCCAGGCGGUCACACCUGCGAUGCCUCGCCACUAGCAAACUCAGGCCUGGGAGUCCUGCAGUAUCACCCAAACAAUACUUAGCUGUUCGUGUCCAGCUCGCCCAGUUAUGAAACCAGCGGGAUGUGCUGAUCUUAAAACUAUUUCUUUUUAUCCUUUAAAGAACAUGCAUUUCAAAUUAUAAUUUAAAGGACUUGAAAGUGAAAUUACUUAAAUAAAUAGAAAAUAUGUUAACAGUUAAA